UCUAUAUUUGCCGCCAUUAUUUCAAGAGCUUCUCCAGGAAGAAGAAGAAGAAGAAGAAGAAGUAGUUGUAAUGGAGAAAGGCGAGGAUCGGCAUAUCAUAGCGUUUCCGUUUCCAUCACAGGGCCACAUAAACCCUCAGCUUCAGUUCUCCAAGCGCCUAAUCGCCAAUGGAAUCAAGGUAACUCUGCUCACAACCUUGCAUGUCAGCCGGAAUUUGAAAUUCCAGGGCGCUUAUGCCGAUUCCGUCAGGAUUCGAGUCAUUUCCGAUGGCUCUGAGGAUCGCCAAGACACCGACACCAUGCGCCAAACUUUGGAUCGAUUUCGGGAGAAGAUGUCGAAGAAUUUGGAGAAUUACUUGCGAGAAGUCAUGGAUUCUUCGAAUCCGCCUCGUUUCAUUCUCUACGAUUCCACUAUGCCUUGGGUUUUGGAGGUUGCCAAGGAGUUCGGACUGCCUAGGGCUCCUGUUUACACUCAAUCUUGUGCCCUAAACAGUAUAAAUUAUCAUGUUCUUCAUGGACAUUUGAAGCUUCCUCCUGAUUCUCCUACUAUUUCGUUGCCGUCUAUGCCUCUGCUUUGCACUAACGAUCUUCCUGCUUAUGAUUACGAUCCUGCCUCCACUGAAACUAUAAUCGAGUUUCUCACCAGUCAGUAUUCCAAUAUUCAAGAUGCGGAUCUGCUUUUCUGCAACACUUUUCACAAAUUGGAAGGGGAGAUUAUCAAAUGGAUGGAGAGCUGGGGGAGGCCAGUGAAAGCCAUAGGACCAACUCUUCCAUCAGCCUACUUAGACAAAAGGUUAGAGGACGACAAGUACUAUGGGCUGAGCCUGUUCGAUCCAAACAAGGAUGAGUGUCUAAAAUGGCUAGACAACAAGCCCCCUGGCUCUGUUCUAUAUGUGUCUUAUGGAAGUCUGGUUGUACUGGGAGAAGAACAGCUCAAGAACAUGGCUCUUGGAUUCAAGGAAAGUGGCAAAUUCUUCUUGUGGGUUGUGAGGGAAACCGAAUCUCAGAAGCUUCCUCCCAAUUUCAUGGAGAGUGUUGGGGAGAAGGGUCUUAUGGUCAGCUGGUGUUCCCAGCUCCAGGUCCUGGCACACCCAGCGGUCGGAUGCUUCUUGACACACUGCGGCUGGAACUCGACACUCGAGGCACUAUCCUUGGGCGUACCGGUGGUGGCUUUCCCACAGUGGGCUGAUCAGGUGACUAAUGCCAAGUUCUUAGAAGAUGUCUGGAAGGUUGGGAAGAGGGUGAAGGUGAAUGAGGAGAGGUUGGCAAGUGAGGAAGAGAUAAGGAGCUGCAUUUGUGAAGUGAUGGAGGGAGAGAGAGCUAAUGAGUUCAAGAGCAAUUCCAUGGAGUGGAUGAAAUGGGCAAAGGAAGCCAUGGAUGAAGGUGGGAGCUCUGAUAAGGACAUUAUGGAGUUCGUGGCCAUGAUCAAGCAAGCUUCUUGACUCUUCUUAAGUUAGUUUUAUGAACUUGGGGAUACCCCAAAAUCAAAUAAUACGAGCUUUUGCUCAUUUCGUGUUGUAGUGUAAGUCGAAAUCGAAGGUUAGAGUGAGUAUUUAUUUCUA